UGAAGAUAAGAAGAAUGGCGCGCAAGCAGAAAGGUGCUGCGAUCAAGCGCAAGGCCGUGGCGGAAGUGGAGGUGGCUCCCGUGGAAGAGGUAGUUGAAGCCACGGCUGAAGAGGCACAUACAGAAAGCGACGAAGAAGGCCCUGCAGGCAGUGGCGCCGAGAAUGACGUUGUAGGAGAAGGCGACGACGACCUUGGCGAGGAUGACCACAAUGAGGAUGCUCCCGGAAGCGACGAUGGAGAAAACGGCGAAGACAACGAUGAUAAUGUGCCUGACCUCCGUGAGUCCAAGAAAGACAAGAAGAAUCAGGAUGGCGAGAAGAAAGGCGUGCUGUACAUGAGCCGCGUUCCGCCCUUCAUGAAACCCGACCAAGUUCGUCGCCUGCUCAGCGAAUACGGUGCGAUCGGGCGCAUCUACUUGGUUGAAGAAGACAAGACGGCGCGGAAACGGCGGCUCAAGAGCGGCGGGAACCGCCAAGUUAACUUUACCGAAGGCUGGAUCGAAUUCAAGUUCAAAAAGGACGCCAAGCGUGUGGCCAAGGCACUCAACACUACCCCCAUCGGCGGCAAGAAGCGCAGCAAGUACCACGAUGACAUGUGGAACCUCAAGUACCUCAAGGGGUUCCAGUGGACCCACUUGACCGAGAAAGUCGCGUACGAGAACCGCGUGCGGGACCAAAAGCUGCGGUUGGAAGUUGCGCAAGCCGCCAAGGAGAACGCGGCGUUCUUGGAUCGCGUAGACCAAGCCAAGAAGCUCGAGAAGAUGGUCGAGCGCAAGCACGCGUUGCAUCCAGAGACCGCCAGUGUCCCCGAGCACAUUCGCCGAACCUUCCGACAGAACGAAACCGUCGACAAAGCCGCGCACGGGUCGCUCGACGGCACGAAUGACGUCCUCGGCAAAGUGUUCAAGAAGCGAAAAACGCAAUAACAGCUAUAACUGUUAUAACUCAUCCCAAAUGCAAUUACAUAUCCCAG